AUGACGGAGACCACUAGCAACAACGAUCAAGCCGGUCGAGAUCGACUCAGCCAUGUCAUCAAGACAAUCCCCGUCGUCGACAACCAUGCCCAUCCCUUACUCCUCCCCACAGCGCUGUCAUCGUAUCCGUUCGAGGGCGUCGUGUCGGAGGCCAACGGGGAGGCUCUUUCGUUUACGCCAUCAUCCCUCGCCCAUAUAAGGGCUACGAAACAGCUAGCGAGUCUGCAUUCAUGCGCGCCGACAUGGGAGGCCGUGGUGAAAUCCACCGAGGGCAAGAGAGAUCCAAUGAAGUAUGAGGCUUGGAUCGGUCGGUGUCUUUCGGGGACUGAGACUAUUCUCGUUGAUGAUGGAAUUGGUAAUCCUGGUGAGCUCUACCGGUAUGAGGAUUUAUCAGCUUACACCGAGAGCGCCUGCUGGAGGGUCGUUCGCAUAGAGCGAGUAGUCGAGGAUAUUAUCAACAAGUUGCUUGAAGUGGUUGGCAGCCCACCGCCUGAGCCUGAUACUAUUAAAUUCCAAGAGGUCCUAACUCGGUUCGAUGACGAGAUCUUGGCUGCUCUGAAGGACCCUCGCGUUGCCGCAUUCAAAUCGGUAAUCUGCUAUCGAACUGGGCUAGAGAUUCCGGGGUUCGUUCAUGGCGACUCGGCCAAAACUGCUCUCGCACAGGAAUUUUGGCGCCGGAAACAUACAAAGAACACCUCACGAUUCCGCCUUCACCAGCCCUCCUUGAGUGAAUUCUUCCUCCUCAGAGCAGCUCGGAUGAUUCAAGAAGCUCCACCUCGUUCGCGCAAGAUUUUGCAGAUUCAUACGGGAUUCGGCGACAAUGACUUGAAUCUCGCCCGCUCCUCUCCUUCCCAUCUACAAGACUUUAUCCGCGCCCACCGUUUUAUCAAGAUUGUCCUCUUGCACGCCGGAUACCCCUUUUCAAGAGAGGCCGGUUACCUGGCUAACACCUAUGCCAAUGUGUGGGUGGAUGUUGGCGAGGUGUUUCCGUGUGUCAGCCGGGCUGGGCAGGAGGCCGUCCUGCAUCAACUUCUCGAGUUGACUCCUUGGUCCAAGCUACUGUUUAGCACCGAUGGUAACUUCUUUCCGGAGAUGUACUACCUGGGCCAGCUUCAGUUCAGAGAAGUCUUGGAAGCUGUCCUCGUCGAUUACGUUCGUAAAGGUGAUCUGUCCUGGAAAGAUGCCGAGAAUAUUGCAGUCGGUAUCCUGUACCAGAACGCCAACCAGCUUUACGAACUGAAGCUUCCAAAGCCCCAGAUCGCAACCCAGAACUUUAAUUUUGUCGGUUCUCAAAUCCAGUCCAGCACCAUCGAGCAACGCCCCCUUCAGAUUCUUGACGCCUUCUUGGCACAAGACCCAGACAUUCGAUACCUACGCCUCUACUGGAAUGACAUGACAGGUACACCGCGCGUUCGAGCUGUGGAUAUCGACCAUGUAAAGAAGCGCCUUAAGGAAGGUAGUUUCUCAGUCGGAAUCACCACGGCUUCUCUCGGGCUUAUGCAAAAUGACACCCUUGCUCCUGGUACGUCGCCUACAGGAGAGUUCAAAUUCCAUCCCGACUGGUCAUGGGUGAAGCGCGGCCCGCGACCGAGUCAUCUUUCAGUGUACGGCGAGUUCAAAACAGCCGACGGCUUAGCAUCUCCUCUCUGCCCUCGAUCGACUCUGAAGAAAAUCGUGGAAUCCGCGCGUUCACUUGGCUAUGAAUUCCUUCUCGGAUUCGAGCUUGAACUUGUCCUCAUGCAAAAGGAAGCUGACAACACCAUUGGCCGGAAUGAGCAUAGCGAUGGCCAUUGCUGGUCAUCAUCUCGCAUGCUCGACCGCCCCAUCUUCUCCGAUAUCAUCGAGAAAGCCAUUUCCUAUCUGCGAAGCGUUGACGUUCACAUUGAACAAGUCCACGCGGAGAGUGCCCCAGGCCAAUUAGAAGUGGUCCUUCCUGCAGCGCCUACCCUCCAGGCCGUCGACGACCUUCUCUUCGUCCGGGAAGUUAUCGCCUCCGUAGCCGCCGCUUCCGGCUAUCGCAUGACUCUGCAUCCGAAGCCUUUCAGCAUGGCAGCCGGAAACGCAGCCCACGUUCACAUGUCGAUAUCUUCCCCCGGCGGCGAUGAUCCUGUCGUAUACGAAAACUUUUACGCAGGCAUCCUACAUCACUUGGGUGGUGUCUGCGCCUUUACCUACAGCCACCCGGCGAGUUACGAGAGAGUUCUUGACGGCUGCUGGGCUGGUGGGAGGUGGAUCGCCUGGGGUACCCAGAACCGCGAGACACCUUUACGCAAGAUAAAGGACAGCCACUGGGAGCUCAAGUGCAUGGACGGGAUAGCCAACCCCUAUCUCGCCAUGGCAGCUGUUCUAAGUGCCGGUGUGAACGGAAUUCUCACAAAGACGAAGUUGAGGCAGAAGGAUUGCCCUUGGGACCCAGCGUCACUUCGACAGUCGGCAAAGGAUUCGUUUGGGAUCGUAGACAUGUUGCCUGGCAACCUUUCUGAGGCGCUGGACAAACUGAAAAGGGAUAGGGGCCUCUGUAACGAGAUAGGCCAGGAAUUGGUACAGAGGUAUUCUGCCGUUAAGGAAGUUGAAAUCGAAAACUAUAAGUCUAUGGGUGUUGAAGAGAGGAGGCAGUGGGUGUUAGCACACUAUUAG